UUAACUGUUGGUGUUUCUUUUUGACAUUUGCUUUUAAUUUAUUAAUUGUUUUUAAUUGUUAAUCUUUAUUUGUUGAUUGUAAUUUUCUCAAUUUAACCCUGAAGAUGUCAACUAAUUAAGUCACACGGAUGAAUAUUAAUCAAGUGUUACCAAGAGGAUAAAAGAUUUAGAGCCUGUGAAACAAUUUGGUCUCAUUUAACAAAACCGUUCUUACCAAUUUUCACUUUGGAUUUUUGCUUUUUUCUUAUUAUUGUUAAAAUUAAUUUCUUCAAUUACAUUCAACUAAUUAGAUUUGUUUAAAUCUAAUUUAAAUUCUUUAAAAUGUCUACAAUCUAUGAAUUUACUUAAUCAUUUUGUAGAACAUUUUAACUCAUCCUUUUAACCCAAAUCUUAACUCGUUCCAUAUUUUUGUUAUUUGUUAACAUCAUUUUCUAUUCUUUUUCCGGUUCUCCAUCUUUACAUCAUCUUUUAAUUUCAUAGUUUUUAAUUUCUUCUUAAAUGAAGCCUGAUAUUGUUCAAGACUAUUUAUUGAACUAUUGUUCUUGCUCAUCAAUUAUAUGUAAAUACAUUUCCUUUAAUCUGAUCGAUAUGUAAAAUACAAGCUCAUUAGAACGAGCUAAGUGAUCCAAGUGAUUCUCCUUUGUAUUGUAACAUUGCAUCAUUUUUUUUACCCGGUAAAAGAGUAACAAGUUUUAUUGUUGUUCUUUGUUUGUCUAUUUUAAUUAGUUUUUAAUUCCAAUCAAUAUGAGGGACAGAAUUGUUGCUCUUAUUGAUAUGGACUGUUUUUAUGUUCAAGUUGAACAACGAGCUGAGCCUGAGUAUUGGGGAAAACCUUGUGCUGUAGCUCAAUAUAAUCCUUGGAGAGGUGGAGGAAUUAUUGCCGUUGGUUAUGAAGCGAGAGCUUUCGGAGUUAAACGUGGAUUUCGUGGUGAUGAUGCUAAAGCCGUUUGUCCUGAUAUUCAUAUGUUCAUGGUUGAAGAGGAACGAGGUAAAGCCAAUCUUGGAAAAUAUCGAAAAGCAUCAACCGAGGUGAUGGAUGUUAUUUCCUCUUUUAAUCCGUUGAUUACCAUUGAAAGAGCUUCUAUUGAUGAAGCUUUUCUCGAUUUAACCAACUAUGUUGAUGAAAUUUCAAUGAAACCUUCAUGGGAAGAAAUUGAAGGUUCUCGUAUCGCCGGUUUAUCUGAUGUAGGAUUUCAAGGGAAAGAUUUAAAUGAAAUUGAAGCUGCCAAAUUAAAACAUUUCUAUGACAAUGCUGAUUCUGGAAGUGAAGAGGAAAGACUUUUAAUCGGUGCAUCGGCAAUAAAGCAAAUUCGAGCUGCUAUUCUUCAAGAAACACAAUUUAAAUGCUCAGCUGGUAUUAGUCAUAAUAAAACCCUUUCAAAAUUAGCUGCUGGCAUGAAUAAGCCUAAUUGUCAAACGAUUUUAGCUUAUUCUGGUGUACCCAAAGUGUAUGAAAACACAAAGAUUGACAAAGUCCGUAAUUUAGGUGGAAAAUUAGGUGAUGAAUUAAAAAGUAAACUUGGAAUAACAACCAUGGGACAAUUAGCGGCCAUACCAAAGACACAUUUAACCUCUUUAUUUAUGGGUAAAACUCUUAAUUGGUUAAUCAAUUUACGAGAAGGAAUCGACGAUGAAGCUGUUGUAGCUCGACAAAUACCUAAAUCUAUUGGUUGUGGUAAAAAUUUUCCAGGUAAAGGUUGUCUAUCUACAAGUCAACAGGUAACCCAUUGGUUUGGACAAUUGUGUAGUGAACUUGUUGAACGAUUAGAAGAAGAUAGAAAAAGAAACAAUCGAUCAGCUAAAUUGUUAACAGUUCACGUUAAAUUCAAUGUUAACGGACAUGUUUCAAAAUCUUUACCAAUGUACGAUAUGGAUUCCACUCGAAUGGUUGAAUAUGUAAACAAACAUGUAUUAUCUAAAUUUAUUCAUGAAGAUGGUGUCAAUAUGAUAGAUCCAAUUGUCAGAGCGAGUGUUACUGCUUCGAAAUUUGUUGACGCUGAUUUGUGCUGGAAAAACGCCAAAAUAGACAAUUAUUUUUCCAAAGUGGACAAACCUCAACCAUCAACAUCAACAACAACAAUAGAACGUGUAACAAAUGGAUCAACAAUUAAUGGCCAAUCAAAUGUAAAUAAUAGUGAAUCAACUAGUGUAAUCAACAACCAUCCAACAGAAUCAAAUGGAUCAGCGGCUGAAUCAAAUGAUUCAACUGAAAUUAAUCAAUUUAUUCCAACAACCAGUCGAGUUGGAAGGAUAACUGUAAAAAGAUCAAAUAAUCGAGAGGUUGAAAGUGAUAAUAAUCAAAAUGAGACCCAAUUAUUAACAAUGUUUGCUCGAAUUUCCGAUCAAAAUGAAGAAGAAGAAUCAGAAAAUUGGUUACAACCAACAGUUCGUCGAGGUUUUUUUUAUCGAAAAACUUUAGAAUUGAAAAGAAAACGUCGAUUAGAACAAAACAAUAGACCAACUAGAGAGAGUAAACGUUUAAAUAACAGUUAACAUCAAGUCAAAUCUAUGGAUCGAAAAACCGUCAAUCAACAAUCAACAUCAUCAAAGGAGAAGAAAAGAAAAAAGAAAAAAGAAAAUCAAAAAUCAAUCAAUUGUAUCUCUUUUUUUGUUGCAUCAAAGAAAAUCAAUUUUUACCUUUUGUAAUAUAACUGAAUUCAUAUCGCCCUCCAUUGUAACUAUGAGCCACUCAGGGAGAUGGAGCUUUUCCCAAGCUUACUGGUUACACAAAGGCGAUCAAUUUAAUAAACGUAAGAAGAUGAUGAUUGACUCUCUUCCACUUUUCUCUUGAA